UUGAAGAAAUCAAAGCAUAAGCAAUAGCAACAAUUAAACAUGAGCCAAAUGUACGCAAUCUGUAUCAUUCUUAGCAUUGGGCUGUUAGGCGUUUAUGCCACUGCGAUGCCACAGCAGCCGCAUGUCCAGCAUCUGGUCUACUAUCCACCACCUCCGACUCCUGCUCCGAUUUUGCGUGCACGUCGCCAGGUGCUGGGUGGUUCGCUAACUUCAAAUCCCUCCGGUGGAGCUGAUGCUCGCCUGGAUCUAACCAAGGCUAUAGGCACGCCAGAGCAUAAUGUAAUUGGACAGGUAUUUGCCGCGGGCAACACACAGACGGGCGGACCCGUCACCAAGCCCGUUACAAGCGGCGCCAGUUUGGGCUACAACAACAACGGCCUCGGCUUGGAUCUGACCAAGACGCACACACCAGGCGUACGUGACAGCUUCCAGCAAACAGCCACGGCGAAUCUAUUCAACAAUGGUGUGCACAAUUUGGAUGCCAAGGCUUUUGCCUCACAAAACAAGUUGGCCAACGGCUUUAAGUUCGACCGCAAUGGUGCUGGCCUUGAUUACUCCCAUAUCAAUGGACAUGGCGCCAGUCUGACGCAUAGCAACAUUCCCGGCCUUGGCAAACAACUAGAGUUGGGCGGACGUGCAAACCUCUGGCAGUCGCAGGAUCGCAAUACACGACUCGAUCUCAGCAGCACAGCAUCCAAGUGGAUGAGUGGACCACUAAGUGGUCAAAGAGACUUUGGCGCCAACUUGGGUCUGUCACAUUACUUUGGCUAAGCAUGUCUGCUGGAAAAUUAAAAUAUGUUCAUACCACAUAUUUUAUUAUAUUUAUUUUGCCCUA